AUGGGGUCUGCUACGGACGACUUAGCGUCGAUCUCUCAAUCAUUAUUCCCUUUUUUAAAUGCUAUUAGUACACUUUCACUUGAAUCAAAAAAAUUGCCACAUCUAUCAGUAUUAUUGAAGGAGGAAUCCAGGUGUAAUUUCUUGAUUAAACAAUGGAAUGACGUCCUUACACUUGAUUUGAGUAGGCAAAAGUUGGAUCAAAGAUGUUACAAGCUAUUGCUGGAAAUUGCUGACUCGAUGCAAUUGGGGAAAAAGAUUGCCAAUAUGUUUUCUGGUUUCCCAAUCAAUGGAUCGGAGAAAAGACCGGUACUUCAUAUGGCUCUGAGGAGCGAUAAGGAAGAUAAUUAUCAGAUCGAUGGAACUGGAGUCUAUGAACAGAUUAAAUCGGUACUUGAUCGUAUUGAAUCCUUUUCCGAGAAAAUUCGUUUGGGCGAAUACAAAUCGAGUUCUGGAAAAAUAUUUGAUUCUCUCAUAUGUGUUGGAAUUGGUGGUUCAUUUUUGGGAACUUCAUUUGUAACAGAUGCUCUUUAUGGUGAUAUGAAUUGUAAAAAUGCUUCUUUUGGCAGAAAAAUCCGCUUCCUUUCAAACAUAGACCCGGCGGAUUUUAUCAUUGCUACAUCUGACUUAAAUCCUGAAACCACUAUGAUAAUAAUAAUCUCAAAAACCUUUACAACUGUGGAGACUAUGAUGAAUGCCAAUGCUUGUGUUGAGUGGUUGAAGAAUAAUUUGGAAAAUCCUGAUGACUACGCGCUGCAUCUUGCCGCAGUAAGCAGCAAUUUGGAGUUAACUGCUAAGUUUGGUAUACCAAAAACUCGUGUUUUCGGUUUCUGGAAUUGGGUGGGUGGACGUUAUUCAGUAACAUCAUCUGUUGGUAUAUUACCUCUUGCAAUCAACUUUGGUUUCAACAACAUAUUACAAUUUUUAAAGGGUUGUAGAGAUAUGGAUCUGCAUUUUAAGACUGCGCCAUUCGAGGAAAACUUACCAGUACUAAUGGGUCUAUGUAGUGUAUACAAUUCAUCAAUCUUGGGAAUCUCUAACGUCGCAAUUUUGCCAUAUUCCCAAAACUUGUCUAAAUUCCCCAGCCAUGUCCAGCAGUUGACUAUGGAAAGUAAUGGUAAGGGCGUAGACAUCAAUGCUAACAAACUUCCUUAUCAAUCUGGUGAAUUCUUCUUUGGAGAACCUGGAACUAAUGGUCAGCACAGCUUCUACCAACUUUUGCAUCAAGGAAGAAGGUGUGCUUCCGAAUUCAUUGGUGUGAUCAACAGCAUCCACGCAGGGAAUUUGCAAAAACAUCAUAUGGAGUUGAUGGCGAACUUUUUUGCACAACCAGAUGCUCUUGCUAUAGGAAUGGAUUAUGACCAAAUUGUCGCCAAUGGAGUAGAUCCUGAAAUUGCUAAACAUAAAGUUUGCCCAGGAGAUCGUCCUUGUCAAGUAUUAUUAAUGAAAGAUUUAUCACCCUACACGGUGGGCACUUUACUAUCGUUGUAUGAACAUAGAACAGCCGUCGAGGGGUUUUUAUGGAAUAUAAAUUCAUUUGAUCAAAUGGGUGUGGAGCUUGGUAAGGUGUUGGCCAAAAAUAUUUCUGAUUUUUUAAAGAAUGAAAGAGAGCUAACCCAUGUUAGCUUUGGGACGAAGAGAUUGAUUGAUAAAUUUUUAAAGAAAUGA